GAAUUAAUAAAAUGUAGUGACCGUGCCGACGGAGGAAGACGAAGACAGGAGACGGUUACUGGAGUUGAGUACUCCACCCACCACACCACACAAGAGAGAGAAGGGUUGGGGUUGGGGUCACUCUUUCCUUUUCUCUGUUGUUGUUGGCUUGAUGAUGAGCUGAUUCGCAUAAUUCCAAUUCCAAUUCCAAUUAUAAUUCCAAGAGGCUUAUCAUCAACUCAACUGAAGAAGAAGAAGAAGAAGAAGAAGAAGAAGAGGAGGAGGGUUGUGAACUGAUUUGGGAAGGGAGGGGGAGGAGGAAGGCGAUCGAUCGGCGAUGGGCACGUACAAGUGCUGCCUCAUCUUCAAGCGCCGCUUCCGCUGGAACGACGCGCCGCCGCCCGACGAUGUCCGCGCCCUCUUCGCCAACCACUCCGCCGGCGGUGGCCCCCACAUGGCCGCCGACGGCCUCCGCGCCUACCUCCAGGCCACCGGCCAGGACGGCGACGUGGACAUGGAGCGGCUGGUGGAGCAGAUCCGGCAGCUGCAGGGGCGCGGCGGGCGCAUCCCGCGGGUGGGGCGGGCACUCCCACUCCUGACGGUGGACGACUUCCACCGAUUCCUCUUCUCCCACGAGCUGAACCCACCCAUCCGGCACGGGCAGGGGCAGGUGCACCACGACAUGGCCGCCCCGCUCUCCCACUACUUCAUCUACACCGGCCACAACUCCUACCUCACCGGCAACCAGCUCAGCAGCGACUGCAGCGACCUCCCCAUCAUCAGGGCUCUCCAGAGGGGCGUCCGCGUCAUCGAGCUCGACAUGUGGCCCAACUCCUCCAAGGAUGACAUCAGCAUCCUCCAUGGCAGGACGCUCACCACCCCGGUCUCCCUCCUCAAAUGCCUCCUCUCCAUCAAGCAACACGCCUUUGAGGCCUCCCCUUACCCGGUUAUCAUCACGCUCGAAGACCACCUCACCCCCGAUCUCCAGGACAAAGCAGCCAAGAUGGUUCUUGAAGUUUUCGGCGACAUCCUCUACUACCCUGACAAAGAUCACCUCAAAGAGUUCCCUUCGCCUCAAGACCUCAAGGGCCGUGUCCUCCUCUCCACCAAGCCCCCCAGGGAGUACCUUCAAGCCAAGGAUGGUAAUGCUGCCACCAUCAAAGAGGACGCCAAGGCCGCCGCCACUGACGAUGCCGCAUGGGGAAAAGAAGUCCCAGAUAUUCACUCUCAAAUCCACUCUGCCACUAAACAUGACCAAAGAGAAGAUGACGACGACACCGAUGAAGACGAAGAUGACGAGGAGGAGGAGCAGAAAAUGCAACAGCAUCUAGCUCCACAGUACAAACACCUUAUUACCAUCAAAGCAGGAAAGCCAAAAGGUACUCUACUUGAUGCCUUACAGAGUGACCCAGAAAAGGUUAGAAGGCUCAGUUUGAGCGAGCAACAACUUGCCAAAUUGGCAGAUCAUCAUGGUACCGAAAUUGUAAGGUUCACACAGAGAAACCUACUGAGGAUAUACCCAAAGGGCACUCGGGUCACAUCAUCCAACUAUAAUCCAUUUCUUGGUUGGGUGCAUGGUGCUCAGAUGGUAGCGUUCAAUAUGCAGGGAUAUGGAAGAGCUCUUUGGUUGAUGCAUGGAUUUUAUAAAGCUAAUGGUGGCUGUGGUUAUGUGAAGAAACCAGAUUUCUUAAUGCAAACUGAUCCAGAGGUUUUUGACCCAAAAAAAUCCCUAUCUCCCAAGAAAACCUUGAAGGUGAAAGUAUACAUGGGGGAUGGUUGGCGGAUGGACUUCACGCAGACCCACUUUGAUCAAUAUUCUCCUCCAGACUUUUAUGCACGGGUGGGGAUAGCGGGAGUACCAGCGGACUCGGUGAUGAAGAGAACGAGGGCGAUAGAGGAUAACUGGGUGCCGGUGUGGGAGGAGGAUUUCACCUUCAAACUGACCGUGCCGGAGAUCGCGUUGCUGCGGGUGGAGGUGCACGAGUACGACAUGUCGGAGAAGGACGACUUCGGCGGCCAGACGGUGCUGCCGGUGUCGGAUCUCAUCCCGGGGAUCCGAGCGGUGGCACUCCACGACCGCAAAGGGAUCAAGUUGAACAACGUCAAGCUUCUCAUGCGCUUCGAGUUUGAAUGACCCAACACACCGACACUUUCUUUCUUUCUCGCCGCAUCGCAUUGCACUGUGCCUGUGCUUGUGCAGCAUCCAUCAUUUGGUUUGGUUUUUCAUGUUCCUGUGCAUACGCAUUUGUGUCUGUACAUAGGCUCGGUCCUGUAUAUUGUUUGUGAGUAACAUGUAAUAAUAAGGCUUCACGCCAUGUUCAUUCCUCCUGUUUGAACCCCUCCAAAUAUAUUAAUACCGAAGGUACAAAAUAUCUCAACGGCA